AGCCAUUCAGUUCAAGUUCUUUGGAAAGUCUUUUGACCACUGCAGCGUUGCAGACGCAAAGAUGCCACUCAAUGGAGUGGAAGCUGCCGAUACAGCUUUCAUUCUCAUUUGUGCAGCCUUGGUUCAGCUGAUGACCCCUGGACUGGCAUUCUUUUAUGGCGGGCUGGUGAAGGAUACGAGCGUACUGACAAUGAUGAUGCAGUGCUUUAUUUCUAUGGGCGUGACAAGCAUAUUUUGGUUCUUAUUUGGCUUCUCGCUCUGCUUUGGUGAGAGCGUGGGCUUUUUCGGAAACCCUUGGACCUACAUGGCCUUGCGGGGCCUGAGCGUUCACGAGGCCCUUCCUGGCCAGUCAAUUCCUGGUCUCCUUUUCAUGGCAUACCAAGGUAUGUUUGCAGUAAUAACUCCUGCCUUGAUGACCGGUGCAUUUGCAGAUCGCUUUCGCUUCAAACCAUACCUGUUUUUUAUUGUGCUUUGGCUUUUGUUUGUCUACUGUCCUUGGUGCCAUUGGCUAUGGGGUGGUGGCUUCCUUUAUCAGUGGGGAUGCAGAGACUUCGCUGGAGGCAUUGUAGUGCAUGUCACUGCUGGCUUCGGCGCUUUGGCCAGUCUCUUUGUGGUAGGCAAACGAGAGAUUCCUGAACAUGAAAAAGAUCAUCAUAGAAAGCCGCACAAUGUGCCGUUUGUUGCUUUGGGCACUGCGCUGCUGUGGUUUGGCUGGUUUGGCUUCAAUCCAGGAUCUGCGCUGGCUUGCAACGGAGUGGCGGUUGCAGCUGCUGUGAACUCUGAGAUUGCAGCAUCAGUGUCGACCUUUUUGUGGCUCCUGAUUGAGUGGAUCCGGCUUGGACGGCCCACUUUGAUUGGCCUUUGUGUCGGUGCUAUCGCGGGCCUUGCGACGAUUACACCUGCUGCUGGCUUCGUUGAACCAAGUGGUGCGUUUGUUUAUGGCCUGGUGGCAACCUUCUUUUGCUUUGCAUCAUGCGAACUGAUCAAGCAAAUGGGCUUGGAUGAUGCAUUGGAUGUGUGGGGCGUGCAUGGCAUGGGUGGCUGGAUUGGAUCAAUCCUGCUUGGAGCAUUUGCUGACAGCUCGGAAUGCAUGGGCGCAUCACCCCCCUCAAUCUGCCUCAAUCCAGGAGUGCCACCAUACCGGUCCUGGGAGCAGUUGGGCAAGCAAACUGUAGCUACGCUUUUCUGCAGCGUAUAUUCUUUGGCUGUUUCCUGGGUCCUGCUCAAGGUGGCCUACCACAGCCCUGUGCCUUUUUCACUUCAAGCAACAAUCUUCCUACAAGUCCAAGGCCCAUCGUCGAGUCCGUGUACAGUCAAGGGUUUGUCAGGUUCAGCUUUGAUCUGACAUGGACAUUGUCGAAGCUCUAGCUGCUAGUUCAACUUCAUGCACCCCCAACUAGCUCAAAAGACAAAUCUGACAGCCGAUAGUUGCGGGGAUUUAGCUUGGAAGACUUUUGGCCAGUGUUUGUCGUUUUGCUGCUAGCAGCUGAUCAUCUUGAAUGUUCGCUCAAGCUAAGAUUCGGAGCUACAUGCCGGGGACCGAGCAGAAGCUUCAGCAUCAAGGCAGCCAAGAGAGCCAAUCCUCCUCGUCUUCUGAGAGUUGGUUUUGAUUGUGAUUGAUUAAGCAGUGCCAAAUUUGCCCUGCGUGAAGGAGAAAAGACCGUUAUUGACAACCCUCGGGUGCAUUGUUCUUGAAUGUGCUUCACACCACUUUCAUGGUAGUGGCACUUAGGGUGCAAGAGACUCCAUGACUUGAGUCGUUUAGCCGUUUAGCCCC